AUGGCAAGAAUUCAACUAUUUUUAUGCUUCACCAUUCUUUUUGCAUCUGCGACUCUUUUAGACGUCGUUUCAGCUCACUUGAAAAUUAAGGCAGCUCUGCCUCAAAUUGAAGAUCCAAAGACGGUGAAUGAUGUGGAGCCUUACACCGUGAAAGUAGUGAUGGUCUUUGUGACAGACCUUGAGAAGGAAUGUCCUAAGACAAGUAAAUUCAAGGCAUUUUUUGAAAAACUUAGGGCAUACGCCAAGUAUGUUUGCCCUAUAAAAAGGAGUAACCAAAAAGAAGAUUACGAUCUAGACAUGAAGGCCAAAGCUGGAAGCCUCUUUCAGACCAUAGCUUCUUUUGCUAUUGGAAAGAUUAGGGAGGAAAUACAAGAGGAAAAAAUGGAAGCCAUUGAAACCUUCAAAAAGAUGAAAUCCCUAGCGGGUAGAAUUAUGGGUAGCCGCAAAAAGGAUGAGAACGAAGAAUCCAUGAAGCUAACAGCAGAACAACAAAAAGAAAUCAAAGAAGGGAUCUUGAAAUGGGAGACAGUGAUUACUCAAAUCGCAAACACAAUGGUACAAAGCACAACAAACUCUUCUUCCGUUGAAAAUUCUACGAGUGGAAAAGAAAUUUCUAGUGGCACCAACAAAAACUCUGGCAGUGGAAGCUCUUUCAAAGACACUACAGGUUCAAGCUCUGAUUUAGGCAGUCCUAGUGGAAGUCCAUCUAGCAGCAAAUCUGGUUCAAGCUCUGUUGUUGAAGGUGAAAGUGGAACUUCCUUCAAGGAUACUACUGGUGGAAACUCGAUUAGCCCUAGUGGAAGUCCUACAACUUCUUCGGCAAAUGGUAGUGGUGGAAGCUCCAUUAGCCCUACUGCGAGUUCCACCAGCUCUACUACAAGUGAAAGUCUCGGUGCUAGCCAGAAUAGUGCCCUUCCUGUGACAGAAGUCGAGGCUGAAACUUCCAAAGACGUUAUGACAUUCAUAAUGAACCUUGAGAAGAAGUGUCCGCAAAAAGAGGAAUACAAGUCCUUCUUCGAGAAACUUAAGGGUACCAUGACAGCCUCAGCUACGGCUUCUUCCAAAGCCAGACAAGGCUUCUUUGCAGGGAUUAAAUCUGUUGGAGGGAAACUAUUUGAUGCCAUGGCAUUUAUGCGUUCAAGAAUUGGAAGCAAAUCAGCAAAGGUGAAGAGUUCCAUGGAAACUUAUCAAACAGAAGUCAUGAAAACUGUGCAGGAAUUGGAUACCAUCUACAGUCAAAUUGUGAGUCAGAACAAAGGCAAGAAAGAUGGAUCUUUGACAUGUACACCAGAACAACAAAAACAGAUUAAGCUGACCAUCACCAAGUGGGAACAAGUUACAACCCAAUUCGUGGAGACUGCUAUUCAAACCGAGUCUUCCUCAACUUCUUCUUCUCCGUGA